AUGCAGCUGAGCAGAUUCGGGCUGCUCGCCCUUGGGGCAGCUGUAGCUGACGCUUUCAGAGAUACCUCUCCUUUUUUUCUGGCCUCCACUUCCGAAGUCCUAGCGAACUCCGCAUACAUCAAAUCUGGCGCCUCCGUGUUUGAUGAAGUAUCCUCCGCCUUGGAUACCUGCCCAUCCGAUUACUAUGUUGUUGUUUCCCAGCCUGGUGUGCACAGCACCGACUUCCUCACCCACAAGGCGGCACCCCGCCUCGGAGCGAAGAUGCUUGGCAAGGAUAGGUCCAUUCGAUCCAAGAUGAGCGUGAAUGAGGUCGCGGGGGUUCUGGAUGCAAAGCAGAUCAAGAACUUCUUGGUUGAGAAGUGCAACGCGCAAACUACCGCGAUCGAUGGUUCCUCCGGAUCUUAUCCCACAUACUUUGAGUCUGGUCCUCGGAUUAUUGAUAUCGAGUUUCCCAUGCUUUCUCUGGGAUCAGACCGCGCCCACGAGCUCUCCGAUAAUGAUGGUCUUCUUGCCGAUAUCAUCGAUCGCAUUCCCUCCGAAUCCAAGUACACUCUCCUCUAUGUCACCUCUCCUCGAGAGUUCCCCGACGGCGACUCCGUCGUUUACGAGCCCUCCGAUGAGUUCAACCAGGAAGGUAUCCACAUGGAGUUGAAGCGCGAUUACUCUUCCUACUCCCCUGUCUCAAGCUCAUCUGAGUCGGAUCGCAACCAAUCUCUGUUUGACGAAUACCAAUUCUUCACUCCUGGUAUCUUCAUGGGUCUCCUGGCCUCCUUUUUCUUCUUUACUAUCUUGUACAUUGGUAUCAGUGCUUUGAGUAGUCUCCAGAUUCCCUACGCUGCAUUUGAGAAGGAUACAUCAGCCGCUGUGCAGAAGAAGCAGCAGUAA